UUCCGGAGGUAUUUUCCAGCAAAGGCUUGAAAGCUUCUCCGCUCUUUCCACGGUGUCCGGGUCAGCCUUUCUAUCAAGCAAAGAGGCUGCAGGGAAGUCUUGGACUUGGAGAUCCAGAUGUGUGUAAGCUGGAAAUAUUUUCUGGUUCUUCUGAAGUUUUAAGUAUCUUGUCUGGGAAGAGAGCUGAAUGGCCUUGGAAAAUUUCACCAGACCUCUUGUGAACAGAAAGACCUGCGGAGAUCCAUGGGUCCAUUUUGGAGCUGUAUUAGAGACCAGAGAGAAGAUAGAGGGACAACCUCCAGCAGAUGCCGAAAUUAGAAAAGGCCCUCCAGCUGCUCAGCCUUGGAGCUGUGGGAGGAAUGGGGCAAUGAAUCCUGGGCAGAAGAGCCACGAAGAGGCAUCCAACAGUUCAGAGGUCCAAUGCUGUCACUUCAGAAAAGUGCAGUUCCAGGAGGGGAGCAGUCCCCGAGAUGUUUGCACUCAGCUUCACUACCUUUGUCGUCAGUGGCUGCAACCAGAAAAACACACCAAGGCUCAGAUGCUGGACCUGGUGCUCCUGGAACAAUUGCUGGCUGUGCUUCCUCCAGAGAUGGCAAAAUGGGUGCGGGAGUGUGGAGCAGAGACCAGUUCCCAGGCAGUGUCCCUGGCUGAAGGCUUCUUGCUGACUCAGGAGGAGGAAAACAUGGAAGAAGAGUUGCAGAAAUGUGUGGAAGCUGUGACUGAGUAUCCCAAGGGGAGGAAAGAUUCAUUCAGAUCUUCUCAAGAGCUGCUCUUCAGGGAGAACUUCCAGGAAGAUCAAAGUCAAGACGCUACGCAAGAGAGUAGAAAGCUGACCGUGGACUUUUUAGAAUCACCUCUUUGUGCUGGAGCUGAACCAGUACUUCAGGAUAUUUUUUCUUUUGAGGAAGUGGCUGUGUAUUUCUCCGAGGAGGAGUGGUCUCAACUGGAUGCUGACCAAAAAGCACUCCAUGCAGAAGUCAUGCUGGAGAAUUCCAGGAAUCUCUUUUCUCUGUGUAAGAAACCCUUUCUAUGAUCACAAACGUAGAGUAGGGCCUUGAAUGUUAUUUCUGAUUUUUUAAAAAAAUCAUUUAUUUA